CCUCAAUAUGGAUCAUGUGAAGUUGCACGUCAUUAUCUUGUUCAAUGUGUCUGCGAAGCGACCCCGACCCGACCGCAUCGAUCUUGUUCGCACGUGGGUGACCAAUCGGUGCAUGACGGACGCCCUAGACAAGUCGGAGAAGAUCCCGCUUACGGAGACGAUGUUUGAAUUUCUCGUUGGCAAACAUAUCCGUGGCAGGUGUAGCAUGGAUGCGGCCAGCAGUUUGUUCAAAAUAGGCGACUUCAACACAGACUGCACGGCUAAUUAUAAUGCCGUUUUUGAGCCUGCGCCUAAUGACGAUUGUACAGCGUAUGGCUUGCUUCAUUUUUGGGACAGUAAUAUUCGUUCCAUCCUCCAGAUCCUCGUGCCGUAUGGCCGAGCUAUCCGUGAUUGCCUCCACUCUGGCCCGACGCACCCCGGAUUCGCUUUUAUUUUGAAAAACGUAUGCCCGUUUCGUGGCGAGGAGACGGCACUAGACUUCCCAAAUAACCCCAAGGCGGCGCUGAUAGAUAAGUUCAUAUGGAGGUAUGACCCUGCCCCUUACAUGCUCGGCUAUUAUUGUGUCGGAACUAAAAUGACUCUCACUGCCAUUACGGCCCCAGCCGAAGGAAAGAAGCCAGGGCGCUGUGAUAUAAUCACCGUCGAUCUAAAGUCAAAGGAGGAUCGAAUUGCCAACGUACGGCACCUGAUCAAUCUCUCACCUCUUCUCCCCCUUCUGGCCAACCUCGUUCCGUCUGGUGUCAAUGAUUUUCGGGACGCGCACGGUUAGGGUUUUACUUAGAAUAGCAUUUUUUACAUACGCAAAAGAAGAGCGCUCGACAUUUGGGCCGUUGGAUAUUUGAUUGAAACGUGUGCAAUGGAUGUUUCGAUGCUUUGGGAGCAUAUUUGCCAGUAUUGUGCCGAGUUGAGUACAGAGGAUGUUCUUAACGACAGCUCUGGAUUAGAUUGGAAGUAUUGUUUCAU